AUGCAAACAUUCGCCGCUUCGCUUAUUGUUUUCGUUGUCGUGCUCGCUGUUUCGCAAUGCGCCAAAAAUGGCACGAUUGAGCCGAAACGACGGCUGUACAAUCCGCUGGUUUGCUACGUUGAGGUUGAAGGAUUACUAUAUGGCGAGGAGUUCCAUGAAGAAUCGCAUCAUGAACCUUGCGCGCCACAAUCCAAAUUUUGCCAGAAGAUUACUGCACAUUUCAUGGAUACUAGUGCCGUGGAGACGCAUAUCAAUAUGAAAGGAUGCGAUACCGUUCAAGUGCUGCCUCAUUUUCAAGGAAUUGCCUGUCAGGGAACUGGCUGCAUCGAACGAAUUUACAACGACGAUCUGUUCACGGUGUGCUGCUGCAAUACGGAAACCUGCAAUCCCGGAAAAUCGCAUUUUUCCAUUUUAAUGCAUAUUCUUUUAUUCAUUAUAUAUUGCAUCGUCAGCGAACUAUUAUCAUUGAUAUUCAUCUACACAGUCAUCACGAAAUCAACGAAUGAUAUGAAAACGUAUAAAUUUGUUCUUUUGAAAUUUUUGGUUUGCGUAUUUCUGUUCAACUGUAGCCUUACAAACUUCGUAAGACCCGAUUUACUGUGCCCGCUGACGGCAGCCGCAAUUCGGAGUCCCAUUGGAGGGAGCAGUGAGAUAUCGGCAUUGGUCAUUAUUUCCAUUACAUUGUUCCUAGCAAUUUCCGUAUUUAUUUCAAUCAUUGAAUGCUGUUUUGUUCGCGUUUGCAUUUUGUUUCAAUGGCGGAACAUGUUGAAGCAUAUAUUUUCAUGGAAGGGAUUAAUUCUCUCGUUGAUCAUCCACUCAAUUAGCUUUCUCGUCGUUUUAUGCGCCUUCAAUAUUGCGAGAAGCUCUAGUAAGGAAUUCUUGACAAUUGUUGCAACUGCAAAUUUGUCGCAUAUGCUCGGCAAAUAUCUGCUCAAACCGAAUACUGUAUAUAUUUAUGUCAAUCUGUUUAGCUAUAAUGCAAUUCCCCUAGUUAUGGCUGAACUCAAAGAGCAUCUGAAGGCUGCAUCAAUUUUAUUGAAAAACGAAAAUCAUGAAGAAGCAUUGAAAUUGUUGGAGCCACAUAUUUCGAAUGGUGUUAAAAACUACAUGCUCUAUUGUUAUGCGGGUUUAUGCUAUUCGAAUGCCAACGUCUAUGAUAUGAGUCUUGAGCUUUUCCGUCAGGCAACUGAAAUUGAUAAAGAAAAACCAAUGGCCUGGAAAGGAAUUUUCAAAAUAAUUGAUCAUCUUCCAGCGGAAGUUUUUCUAAUAAAAGUUUGCGAUGCAAUGUUAGCUUUUCCCGAAAAUGAAGGCAAAAGCGGAGAAAUUCUGGACGCCAAACUUCGAAUCUUGUUAAAAAUUCAAGAUUUUAAUUUGAUCAACGAGAAUUGGAAGAAGGAUCCCAAAUUCCUGAAAAGUAAUGAGCAACCAGUCGUUGGCCAAAUUGAAAAAUUAUCCAAGAAUUUUCCAGAAAAGCUUUCAGAUUCCACAUUGCAGAAAUUCAUAUUCAAGAUUACAUGUGAAGAACUUUUCUGCAACGGCACUUUUCCGAUAUUUUCCGAUCAUCUUGUGGAAUCGCAGAUCUGCUUGGAACCUAUGCUAAACCUUAUCAAUCAUUUAAGAAGCAACGACAUCACGCAUUGUUUGGAAAUUUUGGACAAAAUUGAAAAUGUUGAAAAGUCAAAAUACCCGCAAUGCCUUCUAUUCGUAAAGUUGCUGGAGAUUUGCGAAAAUUGGUGCGAAUGCAAACAAAUUGUUGAUUAUGCGAAGAAGAAUGCGACGAGUCCCGAAAUUCUGAAGCAUUUGGAAGGAUGGAAGGCGAGAAUUUGCCUUGAGACUUUUGAAAAAAUCGACGUGAACAUUCAACGCCCACUUCCAACUCCAGAAUUCAUCCGCGAGGAAACCAAUUUGUGCUUGAUGAAUCAUGAGGAACAAAGUCUGAACGGAAUGCUUUCCAAGUAUUCUGAAAACACCAAAGAGGGCAUGAUUAUAAGACUUCAAAUUUCACUUAAGACCAAUCAGUUUCCUCCUGAAAAUUUAAAUAUGACUGAGGCCUUAUUAUCUCGCGAUGAUGCUGAUUGGAAGGACGCUCUACUGGUUGCUGAGGUGCGGAUUGCGAUGAAAUCCGAAGCAACAUCGAUUCUUGUAAAGGCGGCUAAGUUAAAUCCAAGAUCAAGCCGCGUAUUUCAUAUUCUCGGAAAAUCGCUUCUUCGCAAGAAUCCGGCAAAAGCUAAAUCAUGUCUAGAACGAGCUUUCAAAAUCCAGCCUGGAAAUGAAGAAUACGCGAAAUGCUAUGAUGAGUGUUUGGUUCAACAAAACGCUUCAAGUUCGGAACGAAUCGCAAUCUUGAAGAAAUUUGCGCAAUGUCGAGGAAACAAAUUGAAACCGAUGUGGCUAUCGAAAGCUUUGGCUGAGUUGUACCUUGAAAAUGAACAAUUUGACUCGGCCAUUGAGGAAUUACAGCAAUUAGUGAGAUUUUCGAAUCUCGAUAAAUUGUCAUGGGCAAGAUUGGCGGAUGCCUACUUCAGAAAAGGCCACCUGCGGGCUGCCGUCAGUUCAUACGAACAUUUGUCGGAAAUCGACGGUGGACGAGAUUAUAGGAUUCCCAUGAUCCGCGUUCUUGUUCAACUUCGUGACUUUGAAGUCGCUUUGGAGAAGGUGAAUGAAUAUCGCGAAUUGGUGAAAUGCGACGAAGAUACGCCAAGGAACACGAAAAUUGCAAUCGAUAUUCUUGAAGUGCAGAUUCGCUUCAAUUUGCUUUCAACGACGACGGGCGAUGAUCGGCGUGAGAAUUUGCGGACGAGCAUUCGAAUUCUUUCAACAUGCGUUCAAACCAAAUCAAAUAUCUCAUUGAUUUAUAAGUUGGCUGGAGAUUGCCUACUCAAAGCCUCGGAAUAUUCCGAAAGAUUCUUGCCAUAUUUUGAGAUUGAUCCUUCUUGGAAUGUGACUGAUCGAUCGUCAUGUGCCGCCACAGCGUGCUCAUUUUACGCGACUGUCCUUCAACUACGAAAAACUGAUGCACUUUCUUGGCACGAUAUGGCGGUAGCAUUGAUAUUUCGGUAUAAUAUCGAAAAGAAUCCGGAAUUUUUGAAAAAAGCCAAAAAAUUUGUUGAGAAUGCGUUCAAGUACACUAACGAUUCAUCGAUUUUGUCGACACUUUGGACGGUGUUGGCGCGAGCGAAAAAUCUGGCGAAUGAUCAUCCGAAUGAGCAGCUUCACUGCCUCACUCGAGCUCUUCAACUCAACAAGACGAAUGAUUCCGCCUGGCUCAUGUUGGCAGUAUUGUGCUUGAUUAUGUUUGAGACAAAUGCUGCAUCGUUUGCCGUUGAGCAGGCGAUCAAAUAUAAUCCGCAUAACGCGGAUGCGUGGUGCACAUGGGCUCAACAUGCCAAUCUGUUUGGCAGUGAUUAUGAUGCUCUUGUGAUGUUCCGCCAAUCACUGUGUAUCAAACCAACGGCUUCUUCUAUCGUUGGCUAUUGCGUCUACUUGUGUCGAAGUUUGAGAAACUCAAACUCGCGGUUCGAUUCGGCGGUUGUCGCGCUCAAUUUUGAGCCGAUCAUCCAAUUGCGAGAAAUGGCGUGCUGUGAUAAACGAGCACUUCGCCAUUUGGGUGUGCUUGCUGACUUUUUUGGAUAUUAUUCAGAAGCUGUUGAGUGCCUCCGCCUCGCCGGAGCCAGUGGAGCCGAGUUUGAGCGGAUGACUAUAAAAUUAGACACUCUUAGUGAUGGAACUCCGAAGGAGUUCAAGACUGAAUAUUCUGAAAAUAGCCGAUUGAGCAAUCUGGUCGCUUAUAGUAAUGAGCAAUUGUGGAACGUUUUGUUGAAUGAACUUCCGGUUUACGCGCAACUCAUGAGCUUCAUCAAUGAGCAAAUGGAAAAAGAGUUCAAGGCAUUCUAUUUGGCGAAUUUCAAAGUGAUAUCGGUGCCGCUAUUGGUGUCGGCGAUAAUUUCUCUUCGGAUAGAAAUGCCGAUUGGAUUCAUUGAAGCGAUGCACGAGGCCCUUCCGCGUCAUGAGCUAAUCGACUAUUUCCCAACGAUUCUGCCGCCGGGAUUGGAUAAUGGAUUGAGUCAUCUCGAGCAGGACGGCGAAGAGCCGUUCAGAUAUAAGCACAAAAUUGCAAAGAAGCUCUAUGAAGAGCUGAAAUUGGCUCGUGAGAAGUAUGAAGCUCUAGCCGCUGAAGAAUGUGCAUAG